ACUGCUGUCUCAUUCUCUCUCUCUGCUACUUCUGUCCGCUCCAAAGAAAAGAUCCGAAGCUUAUAAACACAAAUCCACUUUCAGUUUCUCUUCAAUUUUUUGUCUCAAAUCAAAAAAACCCUAGCUUCGAUUCAAUUCGUGAUCGGACUCUAGGGCCCAUGGAUUUCGAUUCGAACGGAGGAAACAAGCGAGUCUUCAACCGACUCGGCGGGCCAACUCGCCCCUCGCCGCAGCAAACCAACACGCGUCAGCAAGUCUGCUUCCACUGGCGAGCGGGACGGUGCUACCGAAACCCUUGCCAGUUCCUCCACCGGGAGCUACCUGCUGGCCCCGUUCCGAAUCACGCGAACAAAAGGGCCCCCGACGAGUCCGGGUUCGCGGGCCCGAGUCACCGGAGAGGACCCGGGUUCAACGGGAGCCACUCUAGUAAUAGUAGUAAUACCUGGGGGAGGUUCGGCGGGAACAGCAGGGCGGUUGUGACGAAGACGGAGAAGGUCUGCAGGUAUUGGGUGGAUGGGAGCUGUAGUCACGGCGAUAAGUGUAGGUUCUUGCAUUGCUGGAGCAGAGGAGAUGGGUUCUCGUUGCUGACUCAGCUUGAUGGGCAUGAGAAGCUUGUGAGUGGGAUCGCUUUGCCGUCUGGAUCUGAUAAGCUUUACACUGGGAGUAAAGAUGGGACCAUUCGUGUCUGGGAUUGUGCUUCUGGACAGUGUACAAGCGUACUCAAUCUUGGUGCGGAAGUUGGUUGUGUGAUUGCUGAAGGCCCAUGGCUAUUGGUUGGCAUGCCAAAUCUAGUGAGGGCUUGGAAUAUGGAAACCAACACAGACCAGAGUCUCAGUGGACCUGUUGGCCAAGUGUAUUCUCUUGUUGUGGGUUCUGAUCUACUCUUUGCAGGCACACAUGACGGUUCUAUAUUGGCAUGGAGAUAUAAUGCUGCCACCAACUGCUUUGAACAGGCGGCGUCACUGAUGGGCCACACAGUGGCAGUUGUUACCUUAUAUGUGGGAGCUAACCGGCUCUAUUCAGGGUCCAUGGACAAAUCCAUAAAAGUUUGGAGCCUUGAGAAUCUUCAGUGUAUACAAACACUCACGGAUCAUACAUCAGUUGUGAUGUCUCUCAUUUGCUGGGAUCAGUUUCUUUUGUCUUGCUCAUUGGACAACACUGUCAAGAUAUGGGCUGCAGUUGAAGGAGGCAACUUGGAAGUUACAUACACUCACAAAGAAGAAAAUGGAGUGCUAGCUUUAUGUGGUGUACAUGAUGCAGAAGCCAAGCCGGUUUUGUUGUGCUCCUGCAACGACACCACCUUGCGUCUCUACGACUUACCAUCAUUUACGGAGAGGGGCAAAAUCUUUGCAAAGCAAGAGAUAAGGUCAAUCCAGAUAGGUCCAGGUGGCAUAUUUUUCACCGGUGAUGGAACCGGUCAAGUUAAAGUAUGGAAGUGGUCCACUGCACCAGCCGCAGCAGCAGCUAUGUCUUGAGGAAGUUAGCAAAAACCUUGUCAAGAGUUAUUUUCUACGAUGUUCUUGUACCAUUAUAUAUUGGGGUCUAUUGAGUUGUUUUCUCUCUUUCUUAUUGAUGGCGUCCUCCUAGUAAAAGGCCAUGGUCUGAUGAGAUUGUGUCAUUUUAGGAGUUUUAAGACAGAAGUGGGAGAGUUUUGGUCUUGUAACACAUGGAUUUGUAUGGUCACAUUGUCAUAAUAAAGGAUUGAUCUAUCCAAGAAA